UAGUGACCAUCAAGCGUUUCGCGGGGUACGGCUCGAACAUGUCGUUGUGCUCUCACUUCAAAGUCCUUUACGAUAGCGGCAACAAGCGUCUUCCAUCGCCAGAGCAAUAUCUCGAUCCCGCGCUGAUGGUGCUGAAAGAACGUCCGGUUCUUCCGCCAGAGCAUGUUUUCCGGCUUCUGCCACCCGGUGAGGGGUCGUCCAGCUUGGCUCAAGAAACUCCAGGUACGGCAGUGGGGCGCGGGAGUCCGAUUCAAGACGCUGGGGGUCGGGUCAAGGGACGUAGCGUUCACAUGCAGGUCGGCCCGGAUGCUCCUGGGAACACGUCGGACUUGCAUUCUCAGGGUACAGGGACUCAACGGGUCGGUACUCCGAAAAUUAUCAAGGUCAGCUGCGGCGGCGACACAUAUUCGCUUCGAGAUGAGACGAUAAGAGAUUCAAGCAGAUCGGGGCUAGAUGUCGGAGGAAAUGAGGCUGAAGGGAUGGGCGCUGCCCGCGAAAGCUCUGGCGGGGAGCAGACUCCUUCGGAGAAGAAGAGCGAGCGACAGAGGAUGGUGCGAGAGGAGGUGGCGGAAGGAACCCUCCGCAUGAAGAGGAUGAGAGGAAAACCGGAGGCGGUGAUGGGCGGGGAUGGAGGUGACGACGGAGAACGUGCCUCGGGAAAGAGGCCGACGAAGGAAGACGGUGGGACAGCAAGUAAGAAAGCGAGGAGGCCCGACGGUUUGACCAUCCGCGAAGGACAAGCCGUGGGUGGAGGAGAUUCGGCUGAUCCAGGCGCUGCGGCCGCGAGAGAACCUUCGGGGAAAUCGAAACGGAAAUCGGUGACGCGUAGGCCGGAGAUAGCUAAUAGGGUUCACAAAGAUGACUUCAAGCCGGAGGACAAGGACAAGUACUACUAUUACCCUGUUAACGGACAACACACCGUGGUUGCUGUGAAGGAGUUGGAGUGUGAGCCCAUAUUCGAUUUGUGGAAGAUGCACUCUUGGCCGGCGAGAGUAGUGUGGUUCUCCGACCGAGAUUUCGCGGGGUAUAGGCAGGUUAGUCUCAACGAGAACACGAGACACAAGAUGUCUAAGCAGCGAUCGCAGAAGGCCGCGUUCUUGGACAUGUGGGAGGCAUGGGAGAAAGAAGGAAGGCCGAUGACCAUUCAAGGGAACCCUUCCGGGAAGGAGGCCGAAAAACAAAAGUUUUUCGAAUUCCAGAAGCUGCUUUUAGGAAAGAGUCCGAACGAAGCUCACGGGACGUUGGCAAAAAAAGAUUUGUCGCUCGCCGACAAGGACUAUGUCGCUGCCGUUGGCAAUGCAUUGAGGCAGUGGAUGCCGGUCGUGACGGCCGGUGAUGACGUUUUUCGCAAAGCCAUGGAGUUCUACGCGAAAUGGGCGGAGGGGAAGUUGUUGGGCGGCGACGACAAAACGCCAUUGUCGAGGCCGGGUAAAUACAUGCCUGACAAAUCUCCGGGUCUGCAAGCAAUUCCUGAAAUUGGCACGAAAGGGGCGGCUGGUGAAACGAAGAUGGGGUGGCUAGUCCGGGUCCCGCUGCCUCCGACCAAAAAGAAAAUGCAAGCGGACGACAAGUUUUUCGUGGUCGUGAAGGAGCCAGACAUGUUCUGUUGGCAGUCUCUCGCCGACAUGACCGAUGUCGAGAAACUAUCGAUCCUCGACGACAUUCUCGCACUAAGGGGAGUGUUCGUGCAAUCCGCGGGCGGCCAUCUGAAGCGUCAGCAUAAACCUGGAAUUAAAGAAAUAGUCGCAAUGACGAAAGUGGACCGUGUGAUGCUCCGUAUGUUCCACUACAUCUUGUUCCUUGAAACGGAGGAGAACGAACGUGUUUGGCGCCACGGGAGCCCAUUUUUUCGGACCGAGGGGAAGCUUUUGGAGGAGUUUGGGCCACAGGGCCUCACGAAACAGGCUGUGGCGUGUUUCGACGUGGCGGAAGAUGAAAGGUUCUCUCGUAGCAUGUGGGAGGACGGCGGCGUGACAAGUUCUCAAGGACCUGCUUACGGGGAGAUGGAGCGGAACCCGUCCCGUCUACUUGGUCUACUCGAAAACUUUUGCAAAGCUGGGCAAACUGUUUUUUUCUUUAGGAAGGCGCAUGGGUCUGUCGUGUGGGGACUCCUCCGCACCGGUCGGAACGUCGUCGCUUUGGAGAAGGAGGCGAGGAUGAUCGACUACCUUCACGAGUUCGUGAAGACACGUGUUGCAGACACUCGCAAUGCUUGCGAGUUUGUCCGCACCACCGGCGAACGAAACUGGGAUUCCAAACGUGACAUGUAUUGGAAAUUGCCGGGGAACAAAAGGACGGACGUUUGGGACUUCCUUUUCGGAUCCGGACCGCCUGGUCCGACCGACCUCGAAUACAGCCGACGGAGAAACCUGGUGUUCGUUGUGCUCAAUGGGUACCACGGUGCACCCAGGGAGUCUGUCUUGCACUUCCUGAGAAGGCUGGAGCACGUUUACUUCAUGCUGGCCGAACCGCUCACUCUCGAAAACUACAAGUCACAGUUUGACGAGGAGGACACUUUCGACACUGAAGACAUGGAGGAGCUGAGCGACUCCGAAACCUUCGAUUUCGAGUCCAUGCCACUUCCUCGGGUGGUUGGACAGGUUGGUGGUGAAGAGGAAGGUGGCCCUUGGAGAUAUAGCACAUCCCCUUCCGGUUUAAAGCGUGUGUUUCGGGGCAAACCAGUCGAUGACCAAUCGUCUGAUGACGGGGAGGAAGAGAGAGACUAUGAUCACGAACCUUAUGACAGGCUCCCUGUGGACCAUGACACCUGGCAGAAUGACAGACUCUACUUCUUCGGCAAGCAUCACCGGUUCACGUCGGAGGAUGUCUGGGGACACAACGUCGUCUGGCACCCGAGGAUAUUCCAACCUGCUAUGAGGAAUGGAAUAUGGGUCAUGGCAACAAAGGAGGCCGAUGGCAAGUGGAGUGGACUGAAGAGACUGGGAGCGGGUGCAUUUAAGAGAAAGGCAAGAACUGCUCUGGUGGAGCGUUUGAGUCUCACGAACCCCGAGAGGAACGAUCCGGACGUCAAUGCGUAUGCGCAACAAAAGCUACAUGAGUUGUACACCAACAACAUGUUGGAGUUUCGAGCGCCUUUCUACACACUCGAAACGGCACCCUCUCGUGGCAUUGACUGGCGCAUGCCGCAAGCUCCGCCGGCCGGUCAGCAUCCGGGAGGGGGUGGUGGAGGAGACGAAGGAGACGACAGAGGUGGCGGAGGAGACGGCUCACAGUUUGCCGGAAAGGAGACGGGCGAGACAUCGUCGGUAGAGAAGGCGUCCGGUGGAAAGGGAUCGGGCGAAAAGGGGUCGGGCGAGAAGGGGUCGGGCGGGAAGGGGUCGGGCGGAAAGGGGCCGGGCGGAAAACGUAGAACGUCCGGGAGUCCCCAGUAUAUGGAAACUGACCCCCACUGCGUAGGGAGUCGAGAUUCCGAGAUGCGAGACGAGGUCACCCUGACGUCUGAUCAAGUGCGAGUAGAUUCGCACUUGUCUGCGAGGAGUUUGUUUCCCGUUGCCCAGGAGAGUCCAUCCCGCCGUGCGCAGCAGAGGUCUCCUGUGCUCAACACCUUGCUCCUGAAAGAGGGCGCGUCUUCGUUUUGCCUGGAGGGCGGGAUGCCUGCAUUGCGAAGGAGCGAAGACUGGCGGUUUUGCGACGUGCUGGAGGGGCCCGCUCCAGGAGUGUUGGAGACCGGGGGUAGCGAGAACGAACGUCACAGUCCUGGGGAAGACGAGCGCUCUCCGGGAAUGCGUGUUGUACAUCGGGAAGAGGAGGCUCAACGCUGGCAUUCUCGCAAAGUGUUGGAGACCGGGGGUAGCGAGUGUGAACGUCAUGCUUCGGAGGGUGCGUCCAUGGACACUGACAGCGAGAGUGCAGGAGCUCCGGGGGAAACGCAUGCUGCACAGCGGGGAGAGGACACUCGACACAGGCCGGCUCGUGAAGACGUGAAGUGGCUCCACGCACGAGCGCCCGUGAUCGGGACGUUCGAAGAGGUUCUGCACAGUCGCUUGGUUGUGGCCACGACGCGAGAAGGUGUCGUUAAGGGAGGUCAGUGGACGUCCGUGCAAGCUUCCGUUCUUGGCGACGAUGAAGACGAAGAAGAACCCGCGGUGGAAGCUCGGGUUCAUGACGAUGAGAAAGGCGGAGAACCCGUGAAGGAAGGCGGUGAGGUGACUGUGGACAUCCGGACGGAUCCACAGCGGAAAGAUGUUGAUUCUUCGCCCACCCAUUGCGGUGAAGAACAGGGUGGUCGAGCGUCUGUCGUGAGCACCGCUCGGGGAAUGGUGCUUCAUGAAGCCAUAAAGUUGGGUGACGACUCGGCAGCCACCGAGCUGGUUAGCGACUCAGGCGUGGCCGAGAUGCAGAACAUCCGGACGAAUCCACAGUGGAAAGAUGGUGAUUCUUCGCCCACCCAUUGCGGUGAAGAACAAGGUGGUCGAGCGUCUGUCGUGACCACCGCUCGGGGAAUGGUGCUUCAUGAAGCCAUAGAGUUGGGUGACGACUCGGCAGUUACCGAGCUGGUUAGCGACUCAGGCGUGGCCGAGAUGCAGAACGUCGAAUCCUCCGUGGAAGGCGGUGAGGUGGCCAUCAGCAUCAAGAUGGAUCCAGAGCGGAAAUAUCAUGAUUCUCCGUCCACCCAUUGCGGUGCCGAACAGGGUGAUCGAGCAUCUGUCCUCAGUACCGGUCGGGAAAUGGUGCUUCAUGAAGCCAUCGACUUGCCAAGCGACUCAGCUGCCACCGAGCUGGUUAGCGACACAGCCGUGGCCGAGGUCCAGAACCUCGAAUCAUCCGUGGACGUUGGCGCAGUGGCGCGAUAGGAGGGAGAGUUCCCUCAAAGGGCUCCCGAGCGCGGUGUGAGGUUGUUAAUGUCCCUGCCCAUGAAGCCCUUAAAAGCCG